CAAAGCAUUAUCUCCUUAUCACAUGCUUGCUGAUGAUGUGCUUCUUCUCCUCCCCCAAACCCUCCUCUCUCCUCCCCCCCGACCUCAGACCGCUGUGAGGAGGAAGCUGUGGCCGAGACAUUUCUCCUCUCAGUUUGAGACUUGACUCAAGAGGAAAAUCGUCGUGUUUUAGCCGUCGUCUCCCAUCAUGGCUUCAGUCCUCCUCCUCUUCCUCCUCAUGUUCCUCGGACUGGACCUGAGCUCCACAGCCUCUCCUCCUCCUCCUCCUCCUCCACGGACCUCCUUCCUCCUCGACUCUGCAGAAAGACCUCUCGUCCACUUCAGCCUCCCAGAUGUCCACAACACCACCACACUGUUGCUAAGCAACGAUGGCUCCACCCUGUACGUUGGGGCAGAAAACGCUGUCCUCUCAUUGGACAUCAGCCAGAGCGAAGACAUCCAAUUAAAGAAGAUGGUGGAGUGGAGUCCAACUGACCAUGAGAUAAACGAAUGUCAACGUAAAGGGAAGAAUCCAACGGUCGACUGUCCAAACUUUGUCCGGGUGCUGCAGACGCUAAACUCCACCCAUCUGUACGCCUGUGGCAGCUACGCCUACAGACCUCAUGACGCCCACAUUGACACCGAGAGCUUCUCUAUAGUUCACUAUGAUGGAGCUAAAGGUCGCUGUCCAUUCAACCCCUUUGAGAGGAACGCCGCCAUCACCAGCGACGGUGAGUUGUUCACCGCCACAACCUCCAACUUCAGAGGAGGUGAACCACAGCUGUCUCGCUUCUUCAGCAAAGAUGGCCGCCAAGACGUCAGCCUGGAGUCAUCCAGCUUACUGGAGGAGCCAGUAUUUGUCAAAUCGUCAAUCGACCAGGAUGAAAGCAAACUCUACUUCUUCUUUACUGAAGUUGGCAAAGAGUUCAAAUUCACAAACAAGCUACAAAUUCCCAGAGUGGCUCAAGUCUGCAAGGAUGACGUUGGCGGACUGAGAAUUCUGCAGAAGAAGUGGACGUCUUUUGCCAAAGCAUCUCUGCUGUGCAAGCCUCCCAGUCAGCUUCCCUUCAACAAUCUCCAGGAUGUGUUCACCCUCCAGCCACCAGAGGGCAGCGACUCCUCAGAGACUCUGUUUUACGGUGUCUUCACCACACAGUGGUCUGGUGUUUCAGAGUCUGCAGUCUGUGCCUUUAAGCUGGAGGACAUCAGGAGAGUGUUUGCUGGACCGUAUUUGUCCUACAACGCACAGAAGUGGGAACAACUGGUGCAAAAUCGUGGCCACCUGGGAACGUGUGGACAAGGUAGCGCUCCAGAUUCUGUACUAGAAGAGGUGAAGAAGAGUUUCCUGACCAAUGGUGGCGUGAACCCGGUUGAAAAUCGUCCGAUUCUUUUAUCAGACAAACAUUACAGCCGUGUGGCCGUGAUGAGGACGCGGGCGGCCAAUCAUAAACAGUAUACCAUGCUCUUCCUGCUCACAGAGUCUGGAUUCCUCCACAAAGUGGCUUUGUUGGAUCAGGGUCCUCGGGUCAUUGAAGAGAUUCAAGUGUUCACCGGACCUCAGACGGCUAAAAGCAUCGUCCUCUCCUCCUCCAAGGGGGUCCUUUACGUGGGGACGUCUGAAGGUGUGACCGCUGUGUCCGUCGCCAAAUGCAACGUCUACCGAAGCUGCAGCCAGUGUCUUCUGGCCAGAGAUCCUCUCUGUGGGUGGAGCCCCACCAGGAAAGUCUGCGAUGGCCUGAGAGACACUGAAGAGACCUUGCUUCAAAACCUGGAGAACGACGAUGUGGCGACUGAAUGUCAGAGUAAAACCAGGAUCAGCGUGAAAGAAGUUAUCUUGGUGAACCCGAACGAAGCGGUCAGGCUCCCGUGUGUGAAGCCUUCCAACUUGGCCACUCUGACAUGGACUUCCUCUAGAUACCAGAACCUGCCAGAGAACCUCUUCAUCCAGGCGGCCGACGGCAGCCUCAGGUUCUUCCCCUCCACCGACACCUUCGGGUCGUACAGCUGCGAGGCCGAGGAGGGCGGCUACAGGGAAGUAGUCAUGAGCUACGACGUCAAACCGAUGGUCUCUCCACGAUCUCAAAGGCCACAGGUUGACAAGCCCCUGGUGUCUGAAGAGCCCUUCGAGGACAUCAUGACCCCGGAGACGGUGACUACUACAACCCAACCUCCAGAAGAGCCCCGUGUGACAGAGCAUGAAGAAGAUCAAGAGGAUGAAAAGGCUGAAGAGGAUGAAGACGAUAAAGACGUUGAACUCCAAACCAAUCUAAAUGAACCAACGCACUCCAACACAGCAGACUCUGGUCUGACAGAGAAGACCUUCCUGACCUCCAGAAUGGACACUGGGACCUUGGUGAAGUCCACACCGCACGCCUACAAAGAGAAGAGCUACUACACCGAGCUGGUGGCGGUUUCCAUCCUGCUGGUGACCUGCGUCUCCAUCCUGAUCCUGGGCUCGCUGCUCGUGUGGCGCCAAAGAAAACCCGCCCUAAAACUGGAUCCGCUGGUCAGUUCAGACAACUGCGGCAGAACCAACAAAUCUAUGGAGACCAGUUCUCUGAGCAGCCCGGAUGACCUCAAGGAGUUUCCAUAGCUUCACCCACAGGAUACAUGAAGCUAGGUUAGCUCCACAGCCGCCUCGUAUCCCCUGAAAACCAAAAUCAGAACGAAAUGGCUGCUCACGUGUCAACAUUUUAAAAAAUCCGAUUAACUCAUUGUAGCGGAGUAAGGCCACUUCUAGGAUCCACCUAAACAGACCAGAUAAACCAGGGCUCUCUCCAGAACCAUCGGGUCCAUGUUCCAUGUUCCAUGGAUCCUGGUCUCUAUUUACAGGUCGGACUUCAGUAAGAUUGUGUCUGAUUUAUUAGUGAUAAACUAAGAUGUCUUCUAGAUUAUUAUUAUCAUUAUUAUUAUUAUUAUUAUUAUUAUUAUAAAUCUUUAUUGUCCCCAAAGUAAUUCAGAUGGAGCAUACAACGACACACACACACACACACACACACACACACACACACACAGUGCACAGUGUGAGUCAACUGCAAUAGAUCAAUAAUAAUAAAGUAGAAUCCUCCCUGAUAGUAAUGACAUCAUUCUGGACCAGACCUGGACCAGACCUGGACCCAGAGUUCCUAGAAACACCACAGAGCUCACAUGUUCUCCAAAGGUUCUAGUGAAACAGAACCAGGUCCACUCUCCAUCUGGACGUUAGGAUCAAACCAAAGAACCCAA